GCUCAACAAUGGAGGGCGCUAUUGCAUUAGUUCAAGAUGGCGACUCACAUGGCAUUGAUGAAAGCUAAGAACAACCAAAACAAGGAGAACGUCCGGUGCCAAAAAUGCCUUGAGUUUGGCCACUGGACCUAUGAAUGUUCAGGAAAGCGAAAGUACGUCCAGCGAACCUCACGGAUGUCUCACCUCAACAAGAAAAUCAAGCAGGCAAAAGAGCAGGCCGAGACACAACUUGUACCCAAAACAGAUGGUAAACCAGCACAUGCCAAGAGCAAAAAAUCUAAGAGGCGCAAGGCAAGCUCUUCAUCAAGUAGCAGUAGCAGCGAUGAGGACUCCAGUGAGGACAGCGAUUCCAGCGACACGGACUCGGACAGUUCAGACUCCUCCAGCAGCGACAGCAGUGAUGCCUCUGACAGCGACAGCUCUGACAGUUCUAGCACCAUCACCAGCAGCAGCGGCAGCACUAGCAGCAGCAGCACCUCCGACUCGGACAGAGGGAAGAAGAUCCCCCGCAAAAAGCGUAGGCGGUGAUUCUUGCGUCUAUGGUCCCAGAGGUUAGAAAAUCGGACCCCAGUUCCAACGUUAAGUCACACUUAGUGUACCAACACUGGAGUUUCGAAGAAGGGCAAGUAACCUUGCUGCACGUGUAUGUGGCGGACACUUUUCAACUAAUUAGACAAACAGUACUGACCUUCUAAUUUUUUUUUCGCACUGGUCAGUUUUGUCACACUGCCCACAGAUGGCCUUGAAGCUGUAAUUCUGCAGCACUGUGGUAAGGCCAAGUGACAUUUAAAGAAAUUUACUGUGUAACAUGUACUUCAAGUGGCAUACUCCGAAUAUAAAGCCCGCUAAAUUUCCAGGGUUUAUCCUUGUAUUUAUACAAUUUUAGUGUAAGUCACCUUUUGAGGCACAGGUCCUUGGAAAACUCUACAACACAUUUCUCACAACACUCUGUGGUCUUUGAUGUCUGUCAGACAGGUCACAUACAUGUAUGAAUCGAUGGCUUAGGUUUUUGGGGGGCAUUAGCACGGCACAGUGGAUGGCGGAAGCCAAAGACAGCAACACCGGCUGUAUGCAGAGUACCACACCAGAGAUGUCAGAUCAGAGAUGGUGGUGGGAAAUACACUGUGUGUAUAACAUCAGUGCAAACAAUUUACGUGCAUUGCUUGGCAAGAUGAAAUGGCUCAGGUGGGAGUUUACAUCAGCUACAAGCAGAAAAGUUGAUUUUCAACUUAUUUUUAUUUCGUACAUUUGAAAACUCUCUCAUUCUGUACGCAGUACUGAAUGUCUAAAGAAACGUGGAAUUUUGGAUUGAACUUUCCGAUGCCCAUGUGUUCUUAUUUUACUUGCACGCUUGGAAGUCCUUUUUAAAAGUUUCACCGAAUUAACGUCUUGUGUGGUUUUGGUAUGUUAAAUGUUACGCCUUUGAUCUGUUCUUUAAAUCAGUUAAAGCUUAUGAAAGCUUUGUCAUUCUUUCAUUGACUUGGAUUCUGUUUCAGUUUAAAUCAUCAGAGAGAAUUGUUACCUUUUAAAUAGUGAUCAUACCUUAACUUCCACGCCGGUUUCACUUUCAACUUGCAAGGUUUUAAUUAAACAAAACUUUUGUCUUGGAUGUAUUUCACUCCUAUGUACAGAAUUAUUCACAAUAUAAGACAAAUAAAUGGAACUCCAAGUAAAAACUCUGAUUUUAUGGAUCAGUUAUAUCAAAUUGUACACUUGAAAACAUCUGUAAAAUUAAACUUCUUCCGAAAAAUGGAAGUUCUGAAUGGAAUGCUGGG